AUGGCUGCCAUAUUUUCUCGAGUCGUUGCCCCAGUGGCCUUCCUCUGGCUCAUAUUGCCCCUUGCCCAUGCAGACCAGACUACCAAAAUCACCACCGACCAAAACCCAGGAGCCUGGGAAGGAUGGGGAGUUUCUCUGGCGUGGUGGGCGAAUGUCUUCGGUGAACGCGAUGAUCUAGCCGACAUAUUUUUCACCAAGAAAUCCACCUAUUGGGGCCCUGGCAACGAGACACUACCUGGCCUUGGUCUCAAUAUUGUCCGUUACAAUGCAGGUGCUUGCUCGUCGAGUACCGUCAACGGCUCAACAAUCUCCUUGUCAUCACAGAUCCCAGUGUCGAAGCAGAUAGCCGGGUAUUGGCUCGAUGGAGUGAAUGCCCACCCUCAGUCGAGUAGCUGGGAUUGGACAGUGGACGCCAACCAACGCUCUAUGAUGCUCAAGGCCAAAUCGCGAGGCACAAAUAUCUUCGAGCUAUUUUCAAAUUCACCAAUGUGGUGGCAGCUCAACAACCACAACCCCAGUGGAUCAGCCAGUGGUGGAGAUAAUCUACCACCGUCGCAGUACCAGAAUCACGCUAUAUAUCUGUCUACGAUCGCCAAGUACGCCCAUGACCACUGGGGUGUUACCUUCAACUCCAUCGAACCUUUUAACGAGCCUGCUGCGAGCUGGUGGAAAUCCACUGGUACUCAGGAGGGCUGUCAUUUUGACGCCAGUUCCCAGAAAGCUCUCAUCCCGAUUCUUCAUCGAGAGAUGCAGAUCCGAGGUCUGGCCAAAACCAUUAUUUCCGCAUCCGACGAGAACUCGUUUUCAGCAGCCUUAAGCUCCUGGAAUACCAUCACAGAAGAGGUUGAGAAAACAUACGUCGGCCGGAUGAAUGUACAUGGAUACCAAGGCUCCAGUGGACCACGCUAUGCACUACAGCAGGCCGCUCGUAAUAUCGGCCAGGGAGUCUGGGACAGCGAGUACGGAGAUAAUGACGCCAGCGGGGACACUCUUCUUCAGAACCUGAUGCGAGAUAUUCAGUUCCUACAGCCUACGGCCUGGGUACACUGGCAAGCAAUCGAUGGACCGGGCUGGGGAUUGAUCCUUGGCAAUCUCGCGAGCAAAUCUCUCACCAGCGCAACCCAUAAAUACUUCGAACUCGCACACUUGACACGCCAUAUUCUUCCUGGAAUGCAGAUUGUCAAUACAACGAGUACCAAUGUCGUUUCGGCAGUUGAUGAGAAAACGAAGACUUUGGCUGUUAUCGCGGCCAAUUGGAAUACCACCCAAACCCUCACUUUCGAUCUAUCUGCAUUGUCACAAAUCCCAGCAGACGGAACCCGAGUUCGGAGUUGGAUCACGAACCGUGCGGGAGACAAGCUUUAUGCGAGGGCUGAUAACAUUACAAUCACGGAAAAGUCUUUUUCGACGGUUUUCGAGACUGGUACGGUGAUGACUUUCGAGGUGGAUGGUGUUACUAUUUGA